GCUAUCAACCAAGGCACAACCGAUAGUCAAGCCGGUUCGAACAUAAAACAGAAUCAUUCAUAUAACGGUAAUAGCCUUGUUGGAACACGUAAUCUCUAUUGUGCAGAAUCGUCACCGUACCAAGGACGGUUUUUUGAUGGGUUGUAACAAGAUUAUAUACAUCUACUUUCCACAUUGGUUACAAAUCGCUUAAAUAGGUGGAUGAAAAAAUGAACUAACGCUGUAGUUCUUUUGCAAUUUCCCUAAUAGAGAAACACAGACGAUUUCAGUUUUUGGUAUAAUGAAAUAGUGUAUUCUCCUGAUAAGAAUAAUUUAUUAAAAGCAUUGACGAUCAGUUUAUAUAGCUGAUAAACCUAUUAGCAAAGAAAAAAGUAUAUCUAAUUUAAAUACAAUAUUUUUUAAAUGUUUUCACUAAAUCAGUACUAAAUGGAGACACAACUUAAGGUGGAACUUUGCAUCUUAUUUAUAAUAUUGGUAAUUGCAAGACUACUCUUUUUAAUUCACAAAAUUACAACAGGUCACAGCAAAUAUGCUUCUAAUAAGAGAAUAGAACCUUGUAAAACAAUAAUAUGUAUUGGAUCUGGGGGGCACACAACUGAAAUGAUAUCUUUAUUAUCUACAUUAGAUUUCAGGAAGUAUUCUCCUAGAUACUAUAUUAUUGCUACAACUGACACUACUAGUUUAACAAAAGUUGAAUCACUUGAAACAAGUAAAUCUACACAACUUAGGGAGAAGGAUUAUUUCAUUAAAAAAAUUCCGAGAAGCAGAGUUGUACAGCAAUCAUACUUUACUUCAAUUUUCACAACAAUAUUUUCAAUACUCUAUAGCAUUCCACUUGUAUUAAAAAUUAGGCCUGAUCUUGUAUUGUGUAAUGGCCCUGGUACUUGUAUUCCUAUAUGUGUUAUAGGAUUUCUGCUCAAAUCUUUUUUUAUUACUGAUACCAAGAUCGUUUUUAUCGAAAGUUUUUGUCGAACAAAAACAUUAUCUUUAACUGGUAAAAUUUUAGUUUAUUUAGCCGAUAAUUUCAUAGUUCAGUGGCCAAAUUUGAGAAAAAAGCUGAAAAGAGCUGAUUACAUUGGUCAGUUAAUGUAAAAAAUUAUGGAUGCCUAAGAAGUACCUAAUAAAUUUCAGUUUUUUUUUUGAAAGAAUAUUCUGGAACUGAUUGACAUAAUAGUUCUAUUUGAACAUUUCUAACUGAAGAAUAUUUUCUUAUUCAUACCAUGCCACUAAAUUAACAUAUUCUAAAAAUGGAAAGAAAUCUUUAUAAUUACUUUCAAACGGAUGCCAAUGAGGCAAAAGGAUUAUUAUAUAGCUAGAAUCUUGUAAACAAUUAUGAUACAUUAUUUAAUCCUGUGUAUUGCCUCUCCUUUCUUAGAUUACUAUUUCACAUCCUCAGUGCAUCAUGUUUCUAAUUGUAUCUUGAUCUUUCUGAUCCCAUAUCUUUUCAAACUUUCAUGAAAGGUUACUUAGGCUUCCAGGUCAAGGCAGUAACAAUAUAAACCUACAAUCCUUGUCAUCUUGCAAGUGUUCAAUCAGGACUUCUUGUGGACUAAGUUAUAGUUGCAAUUACCACUUCCUCUAGGUAAUAAUUCUGUACCACUCUAGCCAUAAGCAGGAGUCCAUCUGUUAUGUGUCCAGCAGAUGGGAGAUGAACUCUCAAUUAAAACUACCUCUGCGCUAGCCUCAAAUAAAUGCCAGCCCAAUUCGUGACACAUCUCCUAUAAUAACAUAAUAUUCCAAUAAUUUUUUAUUAGAGAUAUUACUCUCCAGGAUGUCGAUAGAUUAACAUGGGGAGGUUGCUUCACAAGUUUUGAUGUUCUUGAGCAAAUUGAGGAUAUAGCCUUCGAUGAUCUGGAGUUAAAAGAGAGUCAGUUUCUGUUCAAUGUGGUGUAAGUUUGACUUCUAUCAACUUCCUUUGCACUGUAUCUUGACUAAAUUGUUACUUAUACCUACAGGAUAAUUAUUUCUGUACUGCUUGUAACAAAGAUAUUUGCAUAAUGAAUUAUAAAUAUUAACAAACUGUGAAAUUUUGUUGAAUAAUAAAACGGUCUCUGUGUAUUAAUUUUUUUGUAAAUUUCAUUUGCAUAUGGAAAUAAUUGAAAUGAAUAGGCAUACAUUAGAUUAUUGGUUUGGAUUAAUUUACAAUACACCUUUGAAGCUGCCUUCUAAGGUAUAAACCUGGCUUUUGACAAAAUCUGCCACCGGUACCUGCUGUAUAAACUAAUAAAAAAGAACUACCUUA